UGGCACCUAAAUAUCUUCCUACUAACAACUAUCUUAGGGCGUGCAAUAAGGGCUGAGUUUAGUUGAAAGGACUUAGGUACCUAGGUAUGUACCUAAUCCUGAAAGGUCGGAUUCGCGAUGGACAUGCGGACCCCUGGUCCUAACCCUAAUGAUUUGCUGGAUGAGCGCUAAAUAGUACCCCGUAAGUGGUCGUGACAAGUAAUUGACCCCCGUUUCGAUCGAUCCACGCUGCCAUGGACGGUAAUCAGCCCCACCAAAGCAUCUAGGUAGUCCGGGUAGACCCAUGUACUUCUAGUGGUCUUCGACCUUACGAUCUAUCCCACUCCUCACUUUUCGCAAACUACCCGCAGCCGCAACCGCAGUGUCGCUUUGGCCAUUUUCGACAACUUGCGAAUUCUCAUAUUCAGAGCAGCGACUCGAUAGUCGUCAAGUUGUCGCGGAGGUAGGCGGUGUUGUCGCCUCUGGAGAGCAGCGGCAGUUAGUUCUGGUAGUGUGCGUAUCGACACCUCACAACCGCCUAACCAUCGAUCACUCCGGGCCUUCAAUUCUUCUCCCAACACCCAUCCUUAGCGAAAGGGGUCCCUUUUUUUUUUUUUUCGCAAAAUGAAGAUCGGUUGUUUACAAUUCGCGCCUCAGGUCGGCGACGUCGACAACAACUUGAAUCGAGCCGAUGCUAUCAUAAACAAGGCGAACCCCGAAGAUUUGGACAUUCUUGUCCUUCCCGAGCUGGCAGUCACAGGUUAUAACUUUCGAUCUUUACGCGACAUAUCUCCCUUCCUCGAGCCGACAGCUGCCGGUGUUACGUCUCUAUGGGCCAGAACCACUGCUCUCAAGCACAACUGUAUCGUGAUUGCGGGGUAUCCUGAGACUGCGGACGUGCGCGCGACAUGGCCUACCUCGCCGGAAUAUUACAAUGCAUCUAUAAUUGUGAAUGAAGAUGGAGAUACAAUUGGACAUUAUCGAAAGACGCACCUCUACUAUACCGACGAAACUUGGGCUCUUGAGGGUUCCGGUUUCUAUCAGGGUCGAUUCCCUGGCAUAGAUAGUAAGGUUGCGAUGGGCAUAUGCAUGGAUAUUAACCCCUAUAAGUUCGAAGCUCCCUGGCAUGCAUUCGAGUUUGCUUUUCAUGCUCUAGACAGCGGCGCGAAAUUAGUAAUAUUGAGUAUGGCCUGGUUGACAACUGAAGACCUUGCACUCUAUUCGAGUAAAAGCUCGGAGCCGGAUCUUGAUACGUUAACAUAUUGGCUGACAAGAUUGGAGCCGCUCAUUCGCGCAGAGGACGACGAAGAGAUUAUCGUGGUUUUUGCGAACCGAACCGGCGUUGAAGAUAAUGCUGUAUACGCAGGUACAAGUGCCGUAAUUGGUAUCCAGGGGGGAGAGGUCAGUGUUUACGGCGUGCUCUCGCGUGGCGCCAAGGAACUCCUCGUGGUCGAUACCAACACACCCCCUUACGCUAAACUGGUAUAUCGACCUGGUGCAGGAGAGACAUCUAUUGAUGCGCCGGGAAGUGAGCCUCAGGCGCCACCGAGCGACGAUGAUAGUGGGGGGGAACCGCCGGAUGCACCAAAGAAAUCGCCGAAGCUUCCAGAGAAGUCUGACAACGGGGCUUCAGGGCCGCCUGUGGAAUCUAGUUAUCGGGGUAUUGCACAGGCGGUGCAGGGUGAGCUUCCAGCCUCGCCCCAAUAUUCAUGGGGCCAAUCCCCCAUAAAUCCUUUUGCGCCAAGUCAACUCCCUGAUCGGGACGUUCAUGAUGCAUAUGAGGAACAUGUAUCCCCCACUGGCAGAAACCACCAACCAGUUGGCGAUUACGGCGUGCCGACAGGACGUGCUGUCCCCAGAAGCGUCGAACCGGAAUCUGGCGCUGGAUAUCCUGGACUGAUUAGCAAAUUCAAUGAUUCUGCUACGGCUGGGGACGCCCCUAUAAACAGACCCCCUUCGACAAAGUCUCGCAACGCAAGCCGUAAUAGGUCGCACAGCACACAGCAACUUAACCUCGGGGAGCAACUACCUAAGUCGAUGUCGGUAGGCGCUAGCAAACAUAGGCACGAGAAUACUGCGGUAUUACCUGGCGAUACGGCUCUAGGUCUUCAAGAUGGGAACUUGUCUCCGGAUUUGGAGAAGCUCGGUGCAGACCUCAUGGUAUUUGAAGGAGAUUUGGCUACCAGAUCACAACGUGACAGUCUAGUGUGUCAUGUUGAUGAGGAAGACUUCGCUAUUCUAAUGGCCAAGCUCAAAGACUCCGCCGAAAGGAAAAGGUCGGUUAAACCGGACGAACGCGCCGGGCGUUCGAGAUCGCGAAGUAACAAGACAAGUGGGUUUUCGAAAAGUGGGGGAAGAUCUCAGUCGAGGAAUGAAGUGUCGGUAAACUCACCAAACUAUUCUCAUAGGUCGAACGGAGCAACACCUACCCGACCGGUUAGCCGUGGGAGACAUCGAAGCGGAAGCAAAUCAACGCCGAACAACUUGUCGAAGAAAACUUCGCAUAGCCGCAUAACCAACAAUAAAGUACCCACUCAAAGUUUAGCUGAGGGACGAGGGGCAUCUGCAGAACCAGUGCAUCAUACUAGGCGUCCAAGUGAGGGUAUCUCGAAAUUAGCAUCACCCUCAUCGGAUCGACAUCGGCGGGAUCCCACACAGCCGUCUAAUAAACAAUUAAACCACAAGGACCCGGCGGUGGUUGUUGAGCGAGAAGUGACCUUACCGAUCAGGGUGGCAAAACCCCGCAAGGGUGAUACUCACCCACCGUUAACCAGGAAGACAAUAUCCUCUCUGGAAGCCGCUAACUCGGACCCAAGCGCGCGUACAUCCCCAGAAGUGGCAGAGCCCAAAGAUUCAACGCGAAAGUUCGUCCCAGAACGACUUCCACCAACGCCUAAAGCCAUGGUGCUUCCUCCAGAUUACGGCGUCAGUGAUAACCACCAAAGCAUGCCUACCCCACCAAAGAAGCAACAACCCAUAAUUGGAGUAAAUUGCCUUGAUGAAACUGAAAUAAGAAGUGGGAGGCCAAAGAGUGCAGUAUGGUAGAAGUACACUCGCAAAGACGUCGAUGAUAGGAUCUUCUCAUUCAACUUACUUAGCAAGGAGUUCAGGGAAAGAAUGUUAGUGUUUUAUUAUAUGUGAAGAACUUAGGAAGUUUAAAUAGUCGAUAUUAAAAGGGCAUGAUACCAUGUAUGGAACUACACCACGCUCAUCUUUGAGGGAUAGUCUUGGUAGAAUAUCUAAUAACCAUAUACGAAACUUAUUCGCCGUGGUUAAGACGUAGCUGUAGUUGGCCUAUAGGAUCGCCCUGCAUAUGUUUAAUAGCAAUUCAUGAGAUCUUCUAUGCGG